CGAGGGGGCGGCGGGGGCGGCGCGGCGCUGCCCGGCCCCGGGGGCGGAGCGGGCUCCGCCAUAGAGAUGGGCCGCCUCCGAGCGCACUACCGCCGCCUCUCCGAGGACUCGCCGCCCCCACUGCCUCCCGAGUACCUCUCCUACUGCUGCUGCCGCUGCGGACACACGCAGAUGCUCAAGGCAGAGGAGCUGCACGCUGCCGUGGGCCAGGCGUUCCGGAUGGCGUACGCGGCGCAGCUGCACAAGCGCAGGGACGUACCGCCCCCUCCCCACCACUGGGACGGCACGGCAGCGGCCGUGGGCGUCCCGACCGGUGCCACGUCUCCCGCUGGGAGCAGCAGCGAGGGCAGCGGCUGCGCGUCGCCCACCGCCGCCCACGCGCACCGCCGCAAGGGGGGCGGCGUGCCGGGCCUGGGGCUCGGCCUGGGCGGCUACGUCAACGAGGCUGCCAAGGCGCUGCCGCCGCCCGCGCUCCGCGUCUUCCACCUCGCCGGCAGCAGGUCGUCGCAGAGCUCGGAAGAGGAGCCGCGCCGGUGCGUCUCCGUGGGCUCCGAGUUGCCGCUGCUGGAGGGCGUCGCGCCCGCCCCCGCCUCCACGCCGCCCCCGCCGCCACCCGAGCGCAGCGACAGCCUCGGCACGCGAUCCGAGGCACACCACCUGCGAGCAGCGCCCUGGUUUCAGGCUGGCAUCCCUAGGGAGAUCGCGCUGGAGGUGCUGGGCCGUGAACCGGAGGGCGCGUUCAUGGUCCGCGAGAGCACCAGCAAGCCCGGCUGCUACGCGCUGUCGCUGCGCGUCCCCAGGGACUUCCAGCCGUCCGGCAUCGCGCACUACCUCAUCCUGCGCACCGCCAAGGGAUACAAGAUCAAGGGCUUCACGAAAGAGUUCUCAAGCCUGACCGCGCUGAUCACGCACCACUCUGUGAUGCCGGAGCUUCUGCCCGUUCCGCUGUCGCUCAGUCGCUACAACCCCAGCUUCCCCAAGUCUGACUCCAAGGAUAGUGAUUCCGACCCCGACUACAACACGCUCGCCGAUUUCCGCAAGAUGAUGGCCGACCUGAACGUCUGAAAGGAUAGUGAAUUAGCAGAUGUCGCUUCUUCCGAGAGAUGGAGAGUGAUGCUGAGUGUCAAAAACUCUGGUGUCUGCGGGGACACACUUCAGCGGAUAGUCAAAUAACAAAAACGUCUGCUCUCCACUCUAACACAUAUCUUUAUUGUCGUUGGAAGGAAGCCUUUGUACCAAUUUUCAGCUAUACUGAAGGAAGAUGGUAGUAUAUAUUUUGAUAAAUACUUACCUUGAUCACCAUAUAGUAAUAAAUAAGGUAAUAGCAUGUUGCUUGGAAAUUAAUUGUGCCUUACUACAGAAAUAUGGGACAGUUAUGUUUUCCACAAACAUGAAAAAUUCUUUGAAUGUAACAGUUUUUUGCUUGCUCCUAACAGCAAGACACCAUAAUGUGAAGCUUUCUCCCAGAGUGGUAUGUUUUCUUCAUCAGUAACAGGUAGUUAUAUCUGUGCUUCCCAUAUAUCAGAUAUGAGUAGAGCACUGAAUGUGUGACUCGUCGAUUUUUUUGCUCGCAUUCUAAUUUUUGCUAAGUGGAAGCGAUUUUUUCACUCAUCUGGUCCCUUAGUUGUUUUCGUAACUAAAAUGUGGAGUUUUCAUCAGUGAAUAUGAACAUCUUUAGUCUGAUGGUUACUCUCACAGCCUGUAAAACUCACUGCUUCAUAACCUCUGUCCAUUAUUCCGUGUAUAUAAGGCAACCAAUGCACCAUAUGAUGCAGUUAACUCUGUGAAACUUGCAAAGAAAAUUAUUGUCCUCAUUAACUGUAUGGAGUUUAAGAAAACAAUCAUAUGAUGAGGAAUUCUGCUUGCUCAUUACAAUUCUUUGAACGUAUUUGUCACCUCUUAAAAGUUUUGUAUCAAAGCUUUUUGUUAUGAGUACCAAAUACCACUAUUCACCAGUGCCUGCUGGCAGUACAUUAAGAACUCAUGCUGCACCUAAAAGGCACUACUAAGGACGAUGCUACUUAUAUCCAUUUGAGUGGACUGUAGGACAUGUUUUGGUAUAUAUCUGUGGCAGGUUUUGGGGUGUAAUCCAUUUGACUUUGUGGAAUGUACCUUAGUAGGUCAAUCUCUGCUGCUUUGAGACAGUGUGAUGGUGAACUAGUCUAUCUAUAGUCGUGUGCAGAAUGCUAUGUCAAACAUGGUGUUUGAUAGUGAUUUUUAUGGUCUGUAAAAGAGUACAUCUACAAACAUGUACUGCCAUGUAUACUAAGUGCACCUCAAUAAAAGUGUGCAUUUAUUUAGAGUUCUUUUGAAGAAAAAUGCAUAUGGAAUAAUAUUUGGAACUGGAACAGUUUCCAAGAUCAUGGCUGAAGAUUAUAAUCUUAUAGUAAACAUGUAACACUUAAUGAAACAUGCAUCUUGUUCACAGUUUCAACACGUGUGUAAGAUGUACUUCACAGUGUGCUGUGUGAACAUCUUAACAGUUGUAUCUUUUAGAAAAAUCAAACAAUCAUUUUGGCUUAGUCUUAUCAAGACCAGAAGUUUCACAAAUGCUAUUUGAAGAAAGAAAAACUAUUUCCUUGUGUUAAAUGAAUGUUGCUUUUUUUCCAUGUACAUCACAUGAACUAGUCCAUGCCUGAUUUUUGUUUCUUCUUACUGAAAAAAAUUGCUAAUUCAAGAGCAAGGCUCAUGUUCUCCAUUUCCUGAACAGGUUUUGUACCUUGGUUAGUUUCCAGGCUACAAUAAAGUUCUUCAGUAAAUAUUGGAGUCAACUUUGGAUAGUUGAUAAGAAGAUGAGAACCAAAGAAAACAUGAAGCUAACCAUACACAACUGAUAAAAAUACUUACAAAAUUCCUAUAUAUUUUUGGAAUUCGUAUUUUUAUGAUCAUGUUAUAUAUAGUGGGAGAAACAAAAGUUAAUGGCAACAUAGAUGUUAAAUCUGUGAUGUAAAGUGAUAUUAUGUAUUCAUGAGUGAACUAAUGUACUGUAUUUUAUUUAUAUUUCAGAGCUUAUAAUUCAUCAAAAGUGUUGAAACUAAUGUUCAGGGUUGUGUAAAAAUAAACAGAUUUAACAUUACACUAA